GCUCGGAACUCCUGUAAACAAACGCCUCGCCAAACAUUCGGAAGAAAAACACUCCUUUUCCCGUCGCUCGAGACUCAACCCACCAUUGGAACCGUUGAACCACAGAACCGCUGAACCACUGAGCUACUGAACCGGCACCAGCCUCUCGUCGACGUGAUGGAUCAGCAGCAGCAGCAACAACAACAGGGAGCCGGCAGCGGGGCACAGGUCAACCGCGCCUCUGGAGUGCCACUCUCCGAUUUCCUGCUGCAACUUGAAGACUACAACCCGACGAUCCCGGAUGCUGUUACAGCCUAUUAUCUCAACUCCUCAGGCUUUGAAGCUGCUGAUGGAAGGCUCGUGCGCCUGAUCUCCCUGGCGGCGCAGAAGUUCAUCUCGGACAUCACCAACGACGCCCUCCAGCACUGCAAGAUGCGCGGGUCCCAGCAGUCCAGCAGCAAGACGAAGGGCAAGGACAAACGCUACACCCUCACUAUGGAGGACCUGACGCCCGUGCUGGCCGAGUACGGGAUCUCCGUCAAGAAGCCGCACUACUACAUCUGAGGGCCCGGGCGUGCUUAUGCUGUGCUGUUCGCGUGUGUUGUCUGGUUUAGUGUAGAUGGGGGGGAGUGUGUUGAUGCCGUGCGGUCUCUUGUUUAUUUAUGGUUUGCUGUUUGGUUGGGUCUGUUUAGGAGAGGCUGUUGCUUUUGGCUGUCUCGUAAGUAAGUAUUGGUUAUUAUUAUUAUUAUUAUUAUUGUUUUCAUUAUUGUUGUAAUUUUGGUCUUCCUUUUAAGGAGAGCGUUCCUGGCUAGGGAGACUAAUUACUUUGGAUGGUUAUCUUAUCAUUAUAAUUACUCUUAUUAUCAUUAUUUAGUUAUUUGUAGACCUCCUGUUCUUUAUUAUCCUUUGCUCCUUUCUCCCAUCAUGUUCUUCAGUGUUUCACGGGACUAACUGAUGAGAGACAGAUAUAUUUAGUCCUCAGUAUGUAUGUCUUUUAGAAACAGAGGUUUUUCAUCUUUGUCUCUAUAUUUCUAUGAAGAGAUUGAUAGGAUUUUUUUAUAAGGUUAACAGAUUUUUUUUAUAGUUGAAUAUUACUCCACAUUGCAGUUCGUUGUAUUUGUAGUUUAGAAAACUUUUUUCGGGUAUAAUUAAUACGAAAUUAGAAAAAAACGAUUUCUUGUGAAUAAAAUGGCAAUUCUGAAUGGAAGUUGAAUAAUUGUGUAUGAUAAUAAAAAAAUAUUUAAAACUCU